UACCGCCCUUUAACGCAUCACUCCUCUAGCCCUUCCUCUCCGGAGUUUCCAAGUUUUCAACUUGAGCACAAUAACUUGCAACAAACAUACUUUCGGAUAGCACAGAAUAGGCUACUGUCAUUAUGUGGCUGUCUUGCGGAUGCGCUUCAAAGUACGUCGUUUCUUUCAGUCGUCGUGUCUUCAAAUCUUAUUUCCAUGUUUUGGGUCGAUGGAGGUGUAACGUGCCAGCGUUUAUGCCCGAGGCUGCGGGCUUUGAAGGCGUGUGCGGCCACUCAGCGCUGCAGGAGUUCUCCGUCUCCAACAGCGCGAGCUUCUGGGCCGCUGCGGCGCGUCAGAGACUGAACUGGAUCAGUCCUUUCCACACGACCCAGGACUGUGACCUGAGCCGGGGGGAAAUCAAGUGGUUUGAAGGAGGAAAGCUGAAUGUGUCCGUGAACUGUUUGGACCGCCACGUGCACACUUGUCCUGAGCGGGUGGCCCUGAUCUGGGAGAGAGAUGAACCGGGGUCAGAGGUCAAGAUCACCUACAGGCAGUUACUGGAGAUGACAUGUCGCCUGGGCAACAUGUUAAGGCGGCGUGGCGUGAGGAAAGGGGACUGUGUCACCAUCUACAUGCCUCCAUGCCCUCUGGCUGUGGCGUCCAUGUUGGCCUGUGCCCGUAUCGGUGCAGCACACAAUGUGGUGUUUGCGGGGUUCAGUGCCGAGGCGCUCGCAGAGCGAAUCAGAGACGCCCAGUCCAGCACCGUCAUCACGGUGAACCAGGGCGUCAGAGGGGGUAAGGUCACCGAGCUGAAAAAGGCGGUGGAUACGGCACUUCAGAGCUGCCCGACAGUACAGCAGGUGUUCGUUGCCAUGAGAACAGAGAAUCCGGUUGCUAUGACAGCCAGGGACAUCGUCAUGGAGGAGGAGAUGCAGAAGGAGGAUUUGGUGUGUGAGCCUGCUGCCAUGGACAGUGAGGACGUCUUGUUCCUGCUUUAUACAUCAGGCAGCACAGGGAAGCCCAAAGGACUCGUGCACACUCAGGCUGGAUACCUGCUGUAUGCUGCACUCACACACAAAUAUGUCUUCAACUACUCUGAUGGAGAUGUGUUCGGCUGUGUGGCAGAUAUUGGUUGGAUAACAGGACACAGUUACAGUGUCUACGGGCCUCUGGCCAACGGGGGAACCACUGUCCUGUUUGAAAGCACUCCCAUUUACCCCGACCCAGGAAGGUACUGGGAGAUGGUUCAGAGACUUAAGAUAAACCAGUUUUACGGGGCUCCCACAGCGCUCCGCCUGCUGCUCAAGUACGGAGACCAGUGGGUACACAAAUACGACCGCUCAACACUCAAAACUCUCGGCUCUGUGGGUGAGCCCAUCAACACUGAAGCGUGGGAGUGGUACCACAGAGUGGUUGGGGACGGACGCUGCCCUGUGGUGGACACCUGGUGGCAAACAGAGACAGGUGGCAUCUGCAUCACCCCAAGGCCAUCAGAACCAGACGCAGAGAUUGUCCCAGGAAUGGCUAUGAGACCUUUCUUUGGCAUUGAGCCCGUGCUCAUGGACACUGAGGGAAAAGUGCUGACUUCCAACGACACAUCUGGAGCUCUGUGUAUAGCUCAGCCUUGGCCUGGUAUGGCCCGAACCAUUCAUAACGACCACCAGAGAUUUACUGAGACCUACUGUCAGCCUUAUCCUGGUUACUUCUUUACUGGCGAUGGUGCCUAUCGCUCUAAGGAGGGGUAUUACCAGAUCACUGGGCGCCUUGAUGAUGUCAUCAACGUAUGCGGUCACAGGAUUGGGACGGCAGAGAUAGAGGAUGUGGUGAAUCAAUACUCUGCAGUGGCUGAGUCUGCUAUCAUAGGAUACCCACAUAACAUCAAAGGACAAGGUGUGUAUGCCUUUGUGGUGCUAAAAAAGGGUGUGAACGCUCAAGAGGAGGAACUGUCUCGGCAGCUAAACAACAUGGUAUCUAAAAAGAUCGCCAAGUACGCCUGUCCAGACUUCAUCCAGUUUGUCCAUCGGCUGCCGAAGACCCGCUCAGGUAAGAUAAUGCGCCGGGUGCUGCGGAAAGUGGUGGAGCAAGACUUGAACGGGUUGGGUGACCUCAGCACGCUGGAUGACCCUGCAGCAGUUGAAGAGAUCAUCCAAGGCCACCGUGAGCUCUGUAGUAAACAACAACCAUGAUCAUGUGUUUUCUGAAAACAUCUGAAAAAGGAAUAUGAAAGUGAUGCUUGCACGUUACACUCCAUUUCACUUAACCAGACGUGUGCCAUCAAA